GCCGCCUCCGCCGCGGUUGCCAGGGGAGGCAGCCGCAGGGAGGCGGAAGGAGCCGAGGACCAACCUGCGCCGAGACGGGGCGCAGGAGCGAUGGCGGCCAUGGCGGCCUCGGAGCCCGGGUGUCGGAGCUGGUCCUUGUGUCCCGAGGUGCCAUCCGCCACCUUCUUCACCGCGCUGCUCUCGCUGCUGGUGUCCGGGCCCCGCCUGUUCCUGCUGCAGCCGCCCGUGGCGCCUUCGGGCCUCUCGCUGCGGUCCGAGGCCCUGCGCAACUGGCAAGUUUACAGGCUGGUGACGUACAUCUUUGUCUAUGAGAAUCCUGUCUCCCUGCUCUGCGGUGCUAUUAUCAUCUGGCGUUUUGCUGGCAAUUUCGAGAGAACCGUGGGCACCGUCCGCCAUUGCUUCUUCACCGUGGUCUUCGCCGUCUUCUCUGCCAUCAUCUUCCUGUCAUGUGAAGCCGUGUCCUCGCUGUCGAAGCUGGGGGAGGUGGAGGAUGCCAGAGGUUUCACCCCGGUGGCUUUUGCCAUGCUGGGAGUCAACUCUGUCCGCUCCCGCGUGCGGAGGGCCCUGGUCUUUGGCGUGGUCGUGCCUUCAAUGCUGGUGCCGUGGCUCCUGCUAUGCGCCUCCUGGCUCAUCCCCCAGACCUCCUUCCUCAGUAAUGUCUGUGGACUUGGAAUUGGGCUAGCGUAUGGCCUCACCUACUGCUAUUCCAUUGACCUCUCAGAGCGAGUAGCCCUGAAGCUCGACCAGAAGUUCCCCUUCAGCCUCAUGAGGAGGAUUUCAGCGUUCAAGUACAUCUCAGGCUCUUCAGCCGAAAGAAGGGCGGCCCACAGCCGGAAGCUGAACCCCGUGCCCGGCUCCUACCCCACGCAGAGUGGCCACCCUCACCUGUCCCCGAGCCACCCUGUUGCCCAGAUGCAGCACGCCAGUGGCCAGAAACUAGCCGCCUGGCCGGCUUGCGCUCCUGGCCACAUGCCCAGCCUGCCUCCAUACCAGCCAGCUUCCGGCCUGUGUUACGUACAGAACCAUUUUGGAAUGACCCCCAACUCCUCCGGCGUCUACCCGGCUUCCGCGGGUGCCUCCCUGGGAGUCCAGCCCCCCGCCCCCCUCAACUGCCCUGGCACGGUGUAUUCUGGGGCGCUGGCCACGCCAGUGGCUGCAGGCUCCAAGGAGUGCUCAAGGGUCCUGAUACCCUGACAGGGAAUUUCUAGGGAAGUUAUCUCACAUCUUGGCUUUCUGAAGAAGGUCCUCUGUGAGCGGAGCUAAGAUUUUCUCGACAAAAAAUUAUUUAUCAAACACCUCUAUGUGCCAGGCUCUGUGUCGAGUAUUUUGAUAUAUAUCCCAAUUCCAGUCCUCAUGACAACUAUGUGAAGUGCAGUUUAUCGUCCCCAGUUUACAGACGCAGAGGGAAAGAUGCUCUGUGAUUAAGUCACGUAGUUCUGCAGCCGCCCAGCUGGCCUGCUUGGCCCUGGGCCCAGGGCGCCUCCCUCCCACCUGCCGCCCUGCCUCCCGAAGAACACCCAGGAGAAGAGUACACUGGGGUGGUCGGUGGCUGCCAGGGGCUCGUUCUAGCUCUGCAUUUCCUUCCUGUCUUCGUGUGUGGUGCUCUUGGUUCUAGUGCCCAUGCGUCUGUGUCUGCCCUUCGGGAGCUCCCAGCCCAUGUGCUCGGCCGUCCCGGGGCCCGUGUAGUGUUGCCCCCCUACAGUGACCCAGCCCCCGCCCCCCCAGCCUUCUGCCCCAGGAGCGGUGCGGUGGGCCAUGGUGAACCACAGCAGCAUGCUGGUGGAUCCGUAGUGUUGAUUACCUUUGAAUAAAGAAACCGCCUCCAA